CUAGCCGAUAUAUUCUGACCAUGAAUCCUUCGAACCUUCAAAAUGGACAUUCUCCUGAACACCACCUCGACCACCUAGACAGGUACUUACCCAUAUGCCACAUCUUGGUUUUCUCCAUCAAGUUGUGCCGGGUAUUGUUAACUCAUGUCACUCACUCCGUGAUAUGAUACGAUACGAUACGAUACGAAGCGAUGUGAUGUGAUGUGUUUGUUUGUGUUCUCUUGUGUUCUUCAAUGUUUGUUUGCUUCUCUUCCUUCACCAACAACAAUGAUAUAUGAUUCAAGGAAAUCCGGUUGAUGCAAAAUCCAACAGUUAUACAUAUACACAUGCAGCGAAUAGGAUCAUGUGGACGCCAUCAUCCAACUCCAAGGCUUCUUGAUCCAUCCGGUUCUAUUUCCGAAACUCGCGAUACAUUCAUCAUUGAUGUAAGAACCGUCAUUGAUACCUGGUUAUUCCAUACUUGUACGAAGAAUACACUUACGAUGUGAGUUGGGGUGCAUUGCAGGACCUGAAACUCUCCUCGAAAAUCGAUUACAAGGUAUCUUUUCUCCGUAUUCUAAUUCUCUUACUUGAUCUUUUCGCUGUUAUCAUCUGCUUCCAAUCGCGUCCUUUUCUCUUCUUUAGUAUUACUUGUUCUUGCUUCACUUCCGAGUCUUUCUACUGCGCCGUAAGCGUUGGUUCUCGCGUUUGGUUGGAUGUAGUGAUGGCCAGAUAAGCGACCGCCCCCAUGGCGGUUACGAAAGUCUUUAUGUCUUUUAUGAUUCGUCUGCAUAAUUUGAAUCGACGCUUUUUUAUCUGUUUCAGGUUACUGCGUUAAAUCGAGUGGUUCAUAACGACUCUUACCAUUGAGACACCAGGCCGCAGCGUCGUUGCCGCAUUCUCGCACACUUGAAAUGAUUGAUCGAGGCUUCCAGCUCGAGUCGAAAAAUAUAAUGUGAGAUGGGGUCCAAUCCUACAAUAUUUAUAUAUCUCUUUGACCAUGGCCCAGCCUCAGCCCUUGGAUCUAAGCCUGCCUUGAUUAUAAUUGAAUAUUUUCGAGGCCAGUUUUCAACGUGAAAACUCAACUGUCGUUUAAAUUUCACGUCGCAUGGGAAUAAUUCCAUUGGCAAUUACCCGACCACAUCUUUCCUCGGGUUUCUCGGAUGAACUACUUGUACAAGAAUUUCCCUUUUUAAGCUCUUCUCAAACCUUUAGCAUCAAGGGUUACCUCUUGCUUGGGCCCAAACUUUUUUUUAGUUACUUGUGAAUACCCCUAAAAAAGGCGUGGAAGCAUGCCUCAUGUUGUCUCUCAAAUGCAGCCAAAAGAAAGGCCCCAACAAACUCACAACUCAAAACGAACCAUGAUCAAGAAUGCAGUUUCUCAAGAUAACCUUCGCCCAUCUACUACUCCUCGUCGUCAAAAUGCAAAUGGCCCAACUCCCACCUUGAGUUUGCUCGUUACCCCACAAGGUGCAUGGAACUAUACGCCAGGUCGACAGCAUUCAAAACAGUUUUCUCCUGAUAGAAUGACACCUAUAUCCGCUGUCGAUUCCGUUUUUGAAUUAUCUUCGCCAACUACAAAUGCUUCCCCAAAUUCAGCCACAUCAUCAUUUAUUGCUGAACUGGAAGACACUUCUCCUGGGGCAGUCAAGCCUCAGAAAGUCAUUAUGGAUCCGAAGUCUCCACUCAGUCCUACACGUUCCUUACAUGCAGCUACUGCCAUUGACGCUAUCAAUGACUUCGAGGCAGAGAAUAAGCGUCUUCUCGAGCGGGCUAUUGCGGCCGAAAAUGCAGCAAAGAUAUUGGAGGAGCAAAAUAUCGAUCUCCGACGGAAAGUCAACUAUUGUAUGGAACAACAUAGACCAAAGACUGCACCAGCUCAGAGAACCUCACAAGACUUACGCAAGCGCAAUACCGCAUACAGCACGACAACACCUCUAUCCGCUUUCAACACUAUGAUGGAUCAUGUGGAGGCUAAGUAUUUACCACCUCCUAUUAAUGAUACACCCACACCAUUGCCUCGACGAAAAAAUUCGCUCCCAUCAGAAUCACUAGUUUCACAUCAAGGUGAACUUACGCCAAACAGAUUUGGUCCCAGUGGAUUUAUUCCCUCGCGGCGACCUCCUCCGAUUCCAGAGAGUAAAAAGGUAUCUUCAUCGAAAGACCCAACCCGUCGUCGUGAUACAUUAAAAAAGAACGACGUGAGCACUCCAAGAACAACACGUUCUAAUAGUCGAAUGACCAAAAUCUCCUUGUCGGAUGCAACUCUUAGAUCAAAACCAUUACCAUGGGCUCCAUCAGCAAUUCCAGGCAUGGUUGAAAUUGGCAGUACGUAUGAAGACGCUGCCCCUACGUCCCAAUUGAGACCGAAGAAGAGUUUCGCGAAAUUCUUCAGAAAAGCAAAGAAGGAAUAAUCAGUAGCGUUUUUGUCCACAAACUUUCCCUUUGUCAAUAAUACCAAUGGCGAAUAUCUUGGGAUGUUAUAUCAUACAUCCCAGGCGUUUUGGGUUUUUGAUGUAUAUAUGUCUUAUGAAUAAUGAAAGUGGUACAUAUGGAGUAAUUGGAUAUUGGGCCGCGAGGUCAGGAUUUGACACGGGCU